AUAGCAACCAUAUAGACAUGCAUGUACAUGAAUGAAGGCACUGAAUGUACUCGCCUGGCUGUUCGGCAUCUUGGCUUGCUGCACUUGCAGCUGCCUCGGCGCGAGCCCCGCCAACCCGCUCACGCGAAGCGACGCCACCCCCGAGGAGCAGGCGCUCAUAAAUUGGUUGCAAGGCUUGGGCGCUGAUGUUGGGGUCGCGGUUCGGCGGGACACCACCACGGGGGUCCGGGGCCUGGCGGCCGCGAGCCGCCGCCGCGCUGGCGACGUGUUGGUGCGCGUUCCCCUGGCGGCGGCCCUGGCGCUAGGCACCGCCGAGCAGACCGCGCCGGAGCUGGCGAUCCAGAUGCUGCGGGAGCGACACCGCACGCGGCCGCGGUACGGGCCGUACUUUGACGUACUGCCGCCGCCGCCGCCGCCAGAUGAGGAGGGGCAGUGGGAGGACGCGCGGGCGGUGGCCCCCGGGGAGGAGGGGCUGCAGCGGGGUGUUGCAUCGGGCGGCGGCUGGCAGCCCUCGUGUGUGGAGGAGUUCCCGGCGGAGGCGGUGGAGGCGCUGGCGGGCAGCGACCUGCGCUCCCUGGCGACCGCCAAGCGGGAGUGGAUGCGGCAAGUGUGGGCGGGCGAGGGCGAGGCGGCGGCGGCGCUACGGCUGCCGCUUGCCCGGGCGGUGCCGCGGCGGCGUGUGAGCCUGGCGGAGUUCGCCUGGGCGACGUGCAUGGUGACCAGCCGCUCCAUUGCUGGCCCGCCAGCCGCCGUCGGCAGCACCGCCAGCAGCACCGGCACCGGCACGGGCACCUCCUCACAGCCCGCCACGAUGCUGCUCAUCCCCCUGAUUGACCUCGCCAACCACUGCACGCUUGGCAGCAGCGGCGCCAACCGGAGCAGCAGCAGUGGCAUUAGCAGCACCGCCCAUGGCAGUGGCACUACCACCAGCGAUGGCAGUAGCAGUACCGACGGCGAUGGCAGUAGCAGGGGCAGUAGCAGGGGCAGAAGCGGUGACGUGCAAGGACGCAGCACGCCCGACGUGCUGCGGUUCAGGACGGAAGGGGGUGCGGCCGGGUCUCUCGGUAGCGGCACGGCGGGGCGUGUGGUGCUGGAGCUGGUGGCAGGGCAGGACCUGGAGGCAGGGCAAGAGGUCUGUAUCAGUUAUGGCGAUCUCCGCCCCGACGAGUCCCUCCUGUACUACGGCUUCCUGCCGCCAAUAGAGGCGGCGGCUGCGGUAGCAGUGGCAGAGGCGGCGGCAGAGGCGGCGGCACCUGGCGGAGGGGAUGACACGGCGGAGGCCUUCGGGCGCCAGCAGUGUUCAGCAGCGGCUGGCGAAUCGGUGGCUGCAGCACUGCCAGGCGGCGGCAGUAGCAGCGGCGGCGGUGGCAGUAGCAGCAGUGGCCGGGAAGGCAGCUGCGAGUGGGAUGGCGGGGCAGACCCAGCGUUGCGGCCAGGGCUGCAGCUACUGCCACUGGCGGCAGUGGAUGAGGCGCAGUACGACUCAGCAGCGCGGCCGGGCAAAGGAAGCUACAGCCGGCUAGGGAUGCAGGAUGAAGGCGCGGAUGAGGGGCAGGGGGAAGAAGGGGCAGCCAGCAGGGGGCUGCAGCGGGUGGAGGCGGUGGAGGCGGAGGCGAAGCGUCUGAAGGCUCGCCUCGCGGAGGUGGUGGCGAAGGCAGCGGCGGCGUGGGCCGGCCCAGCAGCAGGUUGCCCCCGCUUGCGGCCCGCGGCGGCGGCCACCUCCUCCAGCUGCCGUACCCGGCGGGGUGGCCAGCAGCGCAGCAACAGCGGCACGCAGGAGGCACAUCAUCAUCAUCAGCAGCAGCAGCAACAGCAGCGGGACGAGGCGCCUGUGUGCCUGGUGGCCCGGCUAAAUUCGGUGCGGGCAGCCGCGCUGAGGGCGGAGCUAGACCGCCUGGAAGGACUGCUGCGAGCGGCGAUAUAGGCAAAGCUGUAGCAGCAGGCAGUAGCACAGGUCUAACGUUAGGGGCAUGUGCCGUACAGGUAUGGUUGUACAAUGAGCACGUUAUCGGAGAUGCUUUAAGGAAACGAAAUGCGCACGACGCCAGAGUAGGUUGUCGGAGCUAGCAGGCAAGGAGGGAAAGUCAAUAGCGCAAAUAAAAUGCGAGUCCACAUGGUACUUACACUGGUACUUACGGGGACAGGAUAGCACGCAUGCUCGUGCACACCACCUUGUAACCACCAACAACA